CGUCUCUGCCUCUUUAUUUCAAUUCAACUCACAACCAUCAUUCAAACCAACCCUUUUACUCUCUCUCCUUGUAAAAGAAGAGGAAAAGAGCACACCCUUUUCAAAUCUCCUCUUAGCUCCUCUUCUUUGGUAGUUUAGUUCCUUCUCCUUGCAUUUGAAAGAACAAGAGGAGCAUUUACUUAGUUGGAUUUUUUGGCACUUUUUCUUUCAUUGAAGUCUGAAGAGUUCCUUUUCUUUUAGUUGAAAGGCUUGUGUUCUUUGAUAUUAUAGAGAGAGAGAAAGAGAUGGGAAUUUCAGAGAAGAUUCAAGUGGAAGGAGGACUAGAAUCAGAAUCAAAGAAAUGGGUCAUCACCGGAAUUCCGCUCCGAACUCAUUUGAGGCCGAUAAAUACGAAUCCGAAGGAGAAAUUCUUCGACGGCGAAGAUGUAGAAGCAGAGGAAGAAGAAUGCUCGACAACACCGACGGCUGAAGAAUCGAGAAUACCGAAGAGGUUUUCAUGCCCACCUGCUCCAAAGAAGAAGAAGCCUACUUCAAAGUGCCAUUUCAGUGGAGUUAGGGAGUUCUUUAGUCCCCCUGACUUGGACUCUGUUUUCAUUCCACGUGUGGAGAGAGCUAAAUGACUUGGAAGGAGUCUCUCUCUCUCUCUCUCUCUCUCAAGCAACUUUAGUUGGGUUCUUUGUAAUGGAGGAGAGAUAUUAUGUACAGAUUUUAUUUUUAUGAGAAAUGACUAUCUAUCCUUAGUUCUGUAGUUUUUUUUUUUUCCUUAAUUUUUAUAGAGAUUGUAUCUUGGAAUUUCUCUUUGGUUAGUUUCUUUAUUGGUAAAUCUAUCUCUUUUGUGGA